GCUCACCAUAGUUCCUAUUACAUGAGUUUUCUUUCCCAACUCUUGAUAGUUGCUUGGUUAUUUGAACUAUUUCCAAUUCUUGGAUGUCCUCUACAUGCAAAAUACUUCUUAUUUGUUUUUUAUUCACCGAUGUUAGAUAAACAAACACAUCUUUAUCAUCUAAAAUAUAUGAUUGCCUCUUAGGUUUCACUACCAAUGGAAUGUAACCCAAAUUCAGCCUCUUCAUAAACAUAUAUAUUCCUAUCUUCAUGCAUAUCCUCUCUUUCAACAACAAAUAAGUGAUAUCCUCUAAUGAUAAUGUCCUAAAGGAUAUAUCAUACAAACGAGCAUCGGUUGGAAUCCAUUCAUAAUCAUCUCAACACUUAGAAUAAUGUCCAUCAUAAUCAAAGUGUAUGUUUGUAGAAGAAAGACACAUCUGUAAUACAAAAAAAAAUUAAACCAAACCAUUAAGUUAUACAUAUUUAUACAAUUAUAGCAUUUAAGUUAUACUAAGUUAUAUCUUCUUACACAGUUUUGUCAGUAACCAACUUUGCCAAACGUUUCCCAGUUCUAACUGUUUUCUCCUCUUCAAUAUGUUUCAAUAGUUAUCUUGGAGUUAUUAGCAUUCUUUGAUUUCUGAUGUUCUAUCUUUUAUUACGAUUAUACAGUUGUUGAUUAUCCAAUUCCCUAAUAGACAGACUAUUCACACUUUCCGAUCUUCCAUUAGUCCUGUCCAAUUACAACAAUGAAUCUUGUAAAUCGGAAUCUCUGUAAAUCAAUCGUCUAUGGUGGAUUCUAAACAUUGGCUUUAACGACGAUUUAAGAUACAUAUCCUAUAAAACAUAAUCAAUAGCUCAAUGAUUCAGCAUCCAAACGACGAAACCGAGUUAGCUCAAUGCGAUGAUAGCGAAGAAGAUGAGAACGCCCGAAGAUUCGAUUACUCUCGAUUUGGAAAUGGAAUAAUGAUUUUUGAUUGGUCAUCUGACGUCAGUCAAAAUUCAAUCCAUCGGUCAGGUAGAAAAAUAGCACUUUCAAUAUUAACUAUCAAUAUAGAGAAUAUCAGAAUAGAUAAAAGGGCAAAUCUCCAAAAUAGCACAUUUCUAAGUUUAUAUCACAAAAAUAGCACUCAAAAACUAAAAUGACCAAAAUAGCAUUUUAUCUUUUGAAAAAUUUAAAAUUUUUUUACUUUUCAAAAUUUGAAAUCUUAUCCCCAAAAUCCCAAUUUCCAACUCUAAACCCUAAAACCUAAACUCUAAACCCUAAACCCUAAACUAUAAACCCUAAAUCCUAAACCCCAUCACUUAACUCUAAACCCUAAUGUCUACACUAAUUUACCAUAGUAGUAUAAAUAUUUAUUUAUUUCUUUUGAUAAAACAAUAAGUGCUAUUUUUGUGACUUUUGACUUUGAAUACUAGUUUGGGAACAAAAACUUGAUUUAGUGCUAUUUUUGUCUUUUUCUGUAGAUAAAAGUAUGACAAAAUGAAUUUCGCUUCGUUAAAAGCAUUCUCACCGAGAAAAAACAUCAAGUUCAUGGGUCGAAUCUGUCGUCCCAUCCGGUUUAAAAAUGAUGGGCUAGAAACAAGUCAAAACUCAAAAAAGGUUAUAGCAAAAAAGUCUGCUUCGAAUCUCCCUAUUAAUAGCUGCCGUUUCUUCUCACCAACUAAGCAAAAGCUCAUUAAAGUUCACGGAUCAUUGCAGAUCCUGGAGAAGACGGACAUAGAUAUUUCAGUUGAUUCAAUAACCCUUUUCUUCAGUCUCUCUGUAUCGUCGUUUCUUACAGACGAUUACUAUGUCAGGUCAAUCGCUUUCUCCUUCUUCCUCUUUUGUGUUUCCGACAUCAUCCCAUCAUUUUCUGCGUUGAAUUAUGCUUCAUGGUUCUUCCCUGACAUAACAAGAUGGUAAUCAAGAACCAAUCUUGGUGAAGGAGGAGAGUGUGGAAGGUAUUCCAUCUCCACUCUUGAAGCUCAAAAGCUGGCAAUGGUGGGUUCUUGUGUCUAUCAACAUCUUAUUCCUCAUUGGUGGUCAAGCUGCUUCCGUCCUUCUCGGUAGGUUUUACUACGAAGAAGGUGGGAACAGCAAAUGGAUGGCCACUCUUGUUCAAACCGCUGCUUUUCCGAUCCUCUAUAUCCCGCUUCUGCUCCUUCCUUCUUCCUCUUCUUCAGAGCCCGCUUCUUGCUCCCUUAAAACCAUUGUCUUGAUCUAUGUUCUGCUCGGUGUCAUCAUAGCUGGAGACAACAUGCUGUACUCUGUCGGACUUCUCUACCUCUCCGCAUCCACUUAUUCGCUCAUUUGCGCCACACAGUUGGCUUUUAAUGCGGUCUUCUCUUAUUUCAUCAAUGCUCAGAAGUUCACUGCUUUGAUUCUCAACUCAGUUGUGCUCCUCUCCUUCUCUGCUGCUUUGAUUGCCCUUAACGACGAUGCAGACGCUCCUUCUGGUGUCUCUAGGUCCAAGUACGUUGUCGGGUUUGUGUGUACACUCGCUGCAUCCGCUCUCUACUCUCUACUGCUCUCGCUCAUGCAGUUCUCCUUCGAGAAGAUUCUGAAGAAAGAGACGUUUUCAGUGGUUCUCGAAAUGCAGAUCUACACUUCUCUAGUCGCUACUUGUGUCGCGGUCAUUGGGCUUUUUGCUAGCGGGGAAUGGAGAACGCUGCACGGUGAAAUGGAAGGUUAUCAUAAAGGCCAAUCCUCUUAUGUACUGACUUUGGUCGGAACAGCAGUUACAUGGCAAGUAUGUUCUGUAGGAGUGGUGGGUUUGAUAUUUCUGGUGACGUCACUCUUCUCAAACGUUAUUAGUACGCUCUCUCUAGCUGUGACUCCACUAGCGGCUUUGGCUGUGUUCCGUGAUAAGAUGAGUGGGGUUAAGGUUAUGGCGAUGCUGAUCGCUCUUUGGGGUUUCGCUUCUUAUGUUUACCAGAAUCAUCUCGAUGAUUUGAAAGUAAGACGGGCUAGAAAGCAACCUCAAACAGGGCAGGUGGAUCCGCACUGCUGAAUAUUCUGCGGUUAUCCACGCAGAUGUAUCGGUUUAGGUUACUAUACUCUAUGGUUUAGAUUAAGCAACAAUAAUUGCCAUUCUUAGGACAA